UAUAUAUAAUCAAUUGGUUUUCCCCCUCUCCCCUUUCAAAAAAAAAAAAGUAGCAUAGUUAUAAAAAUUCAUUUUAUUUUUUAUUUUAUUAUUUCAAUUUCUUCUUUUUUUCUCUCUCUUAAAUAAUUAUGGUAUCUAUCGUCGAACUUGAACAAAAUAAUAAUCAACAAAAGCAUCAAGAAGAAGAAUAUCAAGAGAAUAUUAAAGAACCUGUUAAUACAUCUUGGGCUAAUACUAUCCCUCCUAAACAAGCCCUUUACAAUCCUGAUUAUGAAAAAGAUGCUUGCGGUGUCGGUUUCAUCGUGCACAUUAAAGGUGCUCCAUCUUAUAAAAUUCUUAGCGAUGCUAGAGGUAUUCUCUGUAACAUGACUCAUAGAGGUGCCGUUGGUGCCGAUGCUAGAGAUGGUGAUGGUGCUGGUAUUAUGACUGGAAUACCUCAUGAAUUUUUUCUUCAAGAAUGUGCAAGAUUAGAUAUACAAUUACCUCCACAAGGUCAAUACGCUGUUGGUAACGUGUUUUUUAAACCCGAACCUGCCGUUAUGGAAGAUAGUAAAAAAACUUUUGAACAGAUCGCUAAAAGUUUAAAUUUAAAAGUUUUGGGUUGGCGUGAAGUUCCAAAAGAUAAUUCUAUACUCGGUCCUGCCGCAAAAUCACGUGAACCAAUGAUUUUACAACCUUUCGUUGUUUUAAAAGAUUCUACCAAUAAUUUUGAUGAAACUUAUUUUGCUCGUCAACUUUACGUUCUUAGGAAACAAGCCACUCACACAAUCACUGUAAAGAGAUGGUUUUAUAUUUGUUCUUUAUCAAACAAAAAUAUUGUUUAUAAAGGUCAAUUAAGUCCUGUACAAGUUUAUAAUUAUUUUCAUGAUUUGAAUAAUGUUGCUUAUAAAACUCAUUUUUCUUUGGUUCAUUCUCGUUUCUCUACAAAUACUUUUCCUUCUUGGGAUCGUUCUCAACCUAUGAGAUGGGCUGCUCAUAAUGGUGAAAUUAAUACUUUACGUGGUAAUAAAAAUUGGAUGAGAGCUCGUGAAGGAAUAAUGAAAUCUGAUUUAUUCGGUUCUGAAUUAGAACAAUUAUAUCCUAUUAUUGAAGAAGGUGGUUCGGAUUCUGCCGCUUUUGAUAAUGUUUUAGAAUUACUUGUUAUUAAUGGGGUUUUAACUUUACCUCAAGCUGUUAUGAUGAUGAUUCCUGAAGCUUGGCAAAAUAAUCCUUUAAUGGAACCUGAAAAACGUGCUUUUUAUCAAUGGGCUGCUUGUUUAAUGGAACCUUGGGAUGGUCCUGCUUUAUUCACUUUUAGUGAUGGUCGUUAUUGUGGUGCAAGUUUGGAUCGUAAUGGUUUACGUCCAUGUCGUUUUUAUAUUACAAGUGAUGAUUUAAUGAUUUGUGCUUCAGAAGUUGGUACAAUAUUUAUUGAACCUGAACGUAUCGUACAAAAAGGUCGUUUACAACCUGGUAAAAUGUUGUUGGUAGAUACUGAAGAAGGUCGUGUAGUAGAUGAUCGUGAAUUAAAAUUAGCAACUGCAAGUCGUGAAAAUUUUCAUUCUUGGAUUGAAAAACAAAUAAUUACUCUUGAUAGUGUUAUUGAAAAAGUUAAAAUGACUGGAAAUGGUAUUUCUGUAGAAUUGGAUAAUACAAGUAUCUCUGAAGAUCCAAGAUUACGUGCUUUCGGUUAUACUAUCGAACAAUUAAAUUUACUCGUCUUACCAAUGACAAAAGAUGGAAAAGAAGCUCUUGGUUCUAUGGGAAAUGAUGCACCUUUGGCCUGUCUUUCAAAUCAACCACGUUUAAUUUAUGAUUAUUUCCGUCAACUUUUCGCUCAAGUUACAAAUCCUCCAAUUGAUCCAAUUCGUGAAGAAAUUGUCAUGUCAUUAGAAUGUUAUGUUGGACCUGAAGGAAAUAUAUUAGAAAUUAAUGAACAACAAACUCAUAGACUUGCUUUACCUUCUCCUAUAUUAUCAAUUGAUGAAUUAAAUGCCAUCAAACGAAUGGAAAAAGUGGAAUCAAAUUGGAGUGUUUGUACUAUUGAUAUUACUUUUUCAAAGAGUGAAGGAGUUAGUGGAUAUUUAUUAGCUUUAGAGCGUGUUUGUGCUGAAGUUUCUCAAGCUAUUCAAGAAGGUUUUAAAGUUGUAGUUCUUUCAGAUGCUGCUGUUAAUCCUGAAAAUGUCUCGAUUUCUUCAUUAAUUGCCGUAGGAGGUGUACAUCAUUAUCUUGUUCGUAACAAACAACGUUCAAAGAUUGCUCUUAUUAUUGAAACUGCUGAAGCAAGAGAAGUUCAUCAUGUUUGCGUACUUUUAGGUUAUGGUGCUGAUGCUAUUUGUCCUUAUUUGGCAAUGGAAGCUAUAUUGAAACUCAAACGUGAAAAUGCAAUUAGUGGUGAUUUAUCGAAUGAUAAAAUUAUUCAUAAUUAUAAGACAGCCAUAAAUAAUGGUAUCUUAAAAGUCAUGUCAAAAAUGGGAAUUUCCACAUUACAAAGUUACAAAGGUGCUCAAAUUUUUGAAGCUUUGGGUCUCGACGAAAGUGUCAUCGCUCGAUGCUUUGCAGGUACAGCUUCUAGGAUAAAAGGAACAACAUUCGACAUUUUAGCUACGGAUGCACUCUCAUUCCAUGAACGUGGUUAUCCAACACGAGACACAAUUGUUCCACCAGGUUUACCAGAAUCUGGAGAAUAUCAUUGGCGUGAUGGUGGUGAAGCUCAUGUUAAUGAUCCUACUGGUGUUGCUAGUUUACAAGAUGCUGUUCGUACAAAAAAUCAAUCUUCUUAUGAUAAAUAUGCAAGUAAUGCUUAUGAACAAAUUAAAAGCUGUACUUUACGUGGUCUUUUAGAUUUCGAUUUUGACCAUUCUAAAUCAAUUCCUUUGGAAAAAGUUGAACCUUGGACAGAAAUUGUUAAACGUUUUUGUACUGGUGCAAUGUCAUAUGGUUCUAUCUCAAUGGAGUCUCAUUCAACUUUAGCUAUUGCAAUGAAUAGAUUAGGAGGAAAAUCAAAUACUGGCGAGGGUGGUGAGGAUCCUGAACGUUCAAAUGUACUACCUAACGGAGAUUCUAUGCGAAGUGCUAUCAAACAAGUAGCUUCUGGACGCUUUGGUGUAACUUCUUUCUACCUUUCUGAUUCAGAUGAACUUCAAAUUAAAAUGGCUCAAGGUGCCAAACCUGGUGAAGGAGGAGAAUUACCUGGUCAUAAAGUUUCCGAGAAUAUUGGAAAAACAAGAAAAUCAACUCCUGGUGUUGGUUUGAUUUCUCCACCACCACAUCACGAUAUCUACUCAAUUGAAGAUUUGAAACAAUUGAUUUAUGAUCUUAAGUGUUCUAAUCCUCGAGCUCGCGUAUCUGUAAAAUUAGUUUCGGAAGUUGGUGUUGGUAUCGUUGCUUCCGGUGUUGCAAAAGCAAAAGCUGAUCAUAUUUUAAUUUCUGGUCAUGAUGGUGGUACUGGUGCUUCACGUUGGACGGGUAUCAAAUAUGCUGGUCUUCCUUGGGAAUUAGGUCUUGCAGAAACACAUCAAACUUUAGUUUUAAAUGAUUUACGUGGACGUGUAGUUGUUCAAACCGACGGACAAAUCAGAACAGGACGUGAUGUUGCCAUAGCUUGUUUACUAGGUGCUGAAGAAUGGGGUUUUGCUACUACACCUUUAAUUGCAACUGGUUGUAUUAUGAUGAGAAAAUGUCAUUUGAACACUUGCCCUGUUGGUAUUGCUACUCAAGAUCCUGAAUUACGCAAAAAAUUCGAAGGAAAACCAGAACACGUAGUAAAUUUCUUUUAUUACGUUGCUGAAGAAUGUCGUCAAAUUAUGGCAAAACUUGGUUUCCGAACAAUCAAUGAAAUGGUUGGCCGAACUGAUAAACUUAAAAUUAAUGAAACUGUUAGAAAUACAAACGCAAAAACUGCAAAUAUCGACCUUACACCAAUUUUAACUCCAGCAUUCACUUUACGUCCUGGUGUUGUAACUUGCAAUACGGAUAAACAAGAUCACAAACUUUAUGUUCGUUUGGAUAAUAAACUUAUUGACGAAUCCGAUUUAGCAUUAACAAAGAGAAAACCUGUAAAAAUCAGUUGUAAUAUCGUCAAUACUGAUCGUGCUCUUGGUACAACUUUAUCAUAUCAUAUUUCAAGAAUAUUUGGAGAGGCUGGAUUACCUGAUGAUACAAUUCACGUCAACAUAAAAGGAUCCGCAGGUCAAUCAUUUGGUGCCUUCUUGGCUUCUGGUGUUACUCUUGAAUUAGAAGGUGAUGCAAAUGAUUAUGUAGGAAAAGGUCUUUCAGGAGGUCGUAUAAUAGUUUACCCACCAAGAUCCUCAACUUUCAAAUCUGAAGAAAAUAUUAUUGUUGGUAAUGUAUGUUUAUAUGGUGCCACAGGUGGUGUUGCAUUCUUCCGUGGUAUAGCAGCUGAACGUUUCUGUGUACGUAACUCUGGAGCUAUAGCUGUUGUUGAAGGUGUUGGUGAUCACGGUUGUGAAUAUAUGACCGGUGGACGAGUAGUUGUUUUAGGUUCAACAGGCAGAAAUUUCGCCGCGGGUAUGAGCGGGGGCGUAGCUUACGUCCUAGAUAAUGCUCAAGAUUUUCGUUCAAAAUGUAAUACUGAAAUGGUCGAUUUGGAGACUGUGAAUGACCAUGAAGAAGUUAGCUUUUUACGUGAACUUAUCAGAGAUCAUCAUCAUUUUACCAAAUCUGAACUUGCGGAUCGUAUAUUAAAAAAUUUCAAUCAAGUUUUACCAAAAUUUGUCAAAGUUAUGCCAGUUGAUUACAGAGCUGUCUUGGAAAAACAAAAACUAGCAUCUAAGAUUAACGAAGAACAACCAGCAGAAAUUCAAUUAGUUGAUAAAAAAGAACCAUUAGUUUUAGAUAUUGAAGAUUCAAUGGUAGAUGAAGAAGCUGCCAAAAAGAGAUCUCAAAUUGUUGACAAAGUUAGAGGUUUCAUGAAAUACCAAAGAAAAGUUGAUAAUUACAGGAAUCCUAAAAGACGUGUAAAAGAUUGGAAAGAAAUCAAUGCUCGCCUUAACGAAGCAGAUCUUAAAGUUCAAGCAGCUCGUUGUAUGGAUUGUGGUGUACCUUUCUGUCAAUCUGAUACUGGUUGUCCUAUUAGUAAUAUUAUUCCAAAAUGGAAUGAACUCGUUUUCAGAGAUCAAUGGCGUGACGCUUUGAACAGAUUAAUGAUGACAAAUAAUUUCCCUGAAUUUACUGGUCGCGUUUGUCCUGCUCCAUGUGAAGGUGCUUGUGUAUUGGGAAUUAAUGAACCACCUGUUAGUAUCAAAUCUAUUGAAUGUGCUAUUAUUGACAAAGGUUUUGAAAUGGGAUGGAUUGUUCCUCAACCACCAGUAAUUCGUACCGGUAAAAAAGUUGCCGUCAUAGGUUCAGGGCCAGCAGGUCUCGCCGCAGCAGAUCAACUUAACAAAGCUGGACAUCUUGUUACAGUAUAUGAUCGUAACGACAGAUUUGGUGGACUUUUAAUGUAUGGUAUCCCAAAUAUGAAAUUAGAUAAAAAAAUCGUACAAAGACGUAUUGAUCUUCUUGACGCGGAAGGAAUCAAAUUUGUUGCAAAUGCUCAUGUUGGAGUUGAUGUUGAUGUAUCUCAAAUCAAAACCGAUAAUGACGCCUUAGUACUAGCUACAGGUGCAACAUGGCCACGUGAUUUAAAUAUACCGAAUAGAAACUUGGACAACAUCCAUUUUGCUAUGGAAUUUCUUCAGUUAAAUACUUCAAGUUUACUUGAUUCAAAUUUACAAAAUUCCCGUUAUAUAAGCGCAAAAGAUAAGAAUGUCAUAGUAAUAGGUGGUGGAGAUACAGGAUGCGAUUGUAUAGGAACUUCGAUACGUCAUGGUGCCAAGUCAAUUGUAAAUUUCGAAUUAUUACCGCAACCUCCAAAUACUCGUGCAGAUGAUAACCCAUGGCCAACUUUCCCGCGUACAUUUAAGGUUGAUUAUGGCCACGCUGAAGUUAUUUCACAUUACGGCAAAGACCCUAGAGAAUAUAAUAUAUUAUCAAAAUCCUUUGUAAGUGAUGGAAACGGUCGUGUCGCUGGAAUAAAUACCGUGAGAGUUGAAUGGACAAAAGAUCCAGUAACCGGAAAAUGGUCAAUGGGAGAAAUUGAAGGAUCAGAACAAUUCUUCCCAGCAGAUCUCAUUCUUUUGGCCCUUGGUUUCUUGGGACCCGAAGAAAAAUUAAUAAAUAGUUUGGGAUUGAAAACAGACGCACGAACUAACAUUGAGACACGUCAAGGCAAAUAUAGUACAGCUAUACCAGGGGUUUUCGCAGCCGGUGAUUGUAGGAGAGGUCAAAGUCUUAUUGUAUGGGGUAUAAAUGAGGGUCGUCAAGCUGCAAGAGAAAUUGAUCAAUAUUUAAUGGGUAAUACGAAUUUACCCGUUACUGGUGGAAUCUCAAAAUUUGAAGCACCACAAGUUCAUCAAGCACCAUUACAAAUGGCAAUUCGAUAAUUCUUUUUUUUUCUUUUUUUUUUAAAAAAAAAAAAAAAAAA